AUGUUAUUUUCUGGCGCCUCAACUGCGAAACCGAAAAAAGACGAGAAAAAAGACAAGAAAAAUGAGAGAGGUUUGUAUUUUGUUAAUGAAACUUUAGUGAAUUAAAUUUGUUUUUAGAUGAAAAAUACGAACUUCAAGAACAAGUUUUUAUAAGAUGGGCUAAUUCAAUUCUUGGAACUGAUCGAUUAACAGAUUUCAAAAGUUUGCAAGAUGCAUCAAAUGCAAUUUUUGUGCUUCAAGUGAUAAAUGGACAACAAAUGGCUGUUUUAGGAAAUCCAUCGGAAGAUUGGCCAAAUAUUUUACAAUUUGUUGGUGAUUCGAAAACAAAUCCAGCUGAAGUUGUAGAAGGACAACAAAAAGUAAGAUAAAGAAAUCAGGGUUGUUGAAGUGGGGUUCCGUUUUCAAAUUAGUAGCGUAGGUAGUUUCGAAAAGCCAAAAACUGGAAAUUAAUUUGGAUUUCUCACAGAAAAAAUAAUGUUGAAUAAACUAGGUCACGUUCACGUAUUUUCUUGAUUCAUGAACGUUUCUAUUUAGUGUAAUUUCAAAAAGUGAAAUUAUGAAAAAUUAGAACGUGACCGCGGAAAUUAAAACGUGAUUCUCUCUAGAUUUUGCAUCUACUUUUAUUUUAUUUCACUUUUUCAGGCAGUUCUUUCUGCUUGGUGGCAAUUGGUUCAAUAUUAUUGGAAAAAUAAUGCGCCGACUCAAUUGAAAGAUGAAAAACUUUCGGAAGCCAUUAAAAAAUGGUGUAUUGAAGUGACAAAAGCUUAUGAAGAAGUUGAUGUCUAUGAUUUCACUUCAAGUUUUCGUGAUGGUCAUGCUUUCAAUUAUUUGAUUCAUAGUUAUGAGUUAGUUUUAUUGAAAUUUUUGAACUUCCUAAAUAAUUAUGAUUGUUUUUCAGUAAACGAUUAAUUGAUUUGACAAAAACAUGUGAAAUGAGUGCAAUCGAUCGAAUUGAAAAUGCUUUUAAUAUUGCUGAAAAAGAUCUGAAAGUUGUUCGACUUCUACUACCAAAAGGUCAGUUUUGCGCGACCCAAGAAUCGCCAAAAGAUAUUAUCAUUUUAUCAUCCAAUUUUCUUUUUUCUUCUUUUUUUCUCAUCUUCUUUUCCUAUUUAAUUUUUUUUGUUGGUUUAUUGACUUUUUGUGUUACUAUAUUAUAUUUUAUAUCCUUUUUCUGUUCUUACAUUUUCUCUCUAAAUCUAUUUUUAUUUCCCCUGGGUAAAUAUUCGAUAUGUUUUUAUCGGACAUUCUAGAAAAAUGGAAUUUGAUAGAAAAAAUAGUGCACAAAAUGCCAACCUAAACUAGCAGAAGCCUAGGCCAAACAUUGAAAAAAGGACAUAAAUUUGAGCUACAGUAACCCGUUUGAAACACCUGCACAAGAUGUCUGUGCAGCGUAGAAUUUAUUGGCGAAAAAAAGUUUUAAACAUAUUUUUGCACACUCGUUGUCCAGCUGUGACCUAAAUCUAUUUUUUUGGUAAAACUACAAGAUUUUCGAAAUACCUUAUUUUCAGAUCGCAAGAUUUUUCAAAAAUUCCGUGUUUUUUUUCGAAAUAAACUAGGAUAAAAUGAAGUACAUUGUGACGUAAAUUAUUUUGAUAAUAUAUUAUCACCGGAUUUCCGUCUUUUGCAAACUUAUCAUAUAGUUUUUAGCUGAUUGAUCCAAAUCUUGAUCUAUUGAAUGAUAGAAAUAUAUCAGUUUACUGUAGUUUUUUUUUCGGAAUUUUUAUUGUCAGCUUAAACUUCAUUUUUUUCAAAAAGUUUUAAAUAUUGCACAUUGAUAUAUUUUCCAUUUCUAUUUCGUACCAUUUUGUUCCUUCUUUUCUCAAUUUUUUUGGUCACCAAAUAGUUUAACAAUACAAUAUUAUAAAAAAAAACAAUAAAAAUAAUAAAAUACGAUUUGCAGGUGUUAGUCAUAUUAAUUUUAUGAGCGUAUCUGACAUUUCAAUGUUUUGUUUUUAUUGCGCAUUCCUCCGUUUUUCUCUUUUUCCUUACAUAUUUAAUUGAUUUCUUUUGCGAGUUUGAUUGAUUUUUUGAAGGUCGUUUAUGAAUUUAUCUGGAAUUCUUUUUGUUUUUUUUUCUUAUUAUUUUAUCCUUGUUCCACUUGUCAAUUGUUCGUCCUUCAAAAAUAGUAAUAGUAAUAAUAAUAAUCAUAAAAUAGUUAGUCUAAUUAUUCCAUCUUUUUCUCUUUUUUAUUCUUUUUCCCCAAUCUUCAUCUUCGUUUUUUUUGCAGAUCUCCACAGUGAUCAACUCGACUCACAUUCUGUAUUAUGCUAUUUGAUGAAUUUAUAUCUAUCAAUGAUUUCUCAUAGUAAAAUCGAAGACGAGCUCGAAAUUCAACAAAGAAAUGCGAUCACAGCAUUAGAAAAUGCAGCAAGAUUACAACAACAGCCAUCAACUUCUUCUUCUGCAUCAAAUUCUGCAAUGCAAAUGUCUUCAACUCCUCCAAUUCAUUCACAACAGCAACAAGCACAUUUAGAAAGAGGAAAAAGUUUCGAACAGUCUAUGGAGGUAGAGUUUUUUUAUUUCUAGAAAAUCAUGCCGGGAACUUUUUCAAAAAAAAAAACUAGGGAAAAAAAGUAAAAUUCUGAGACGUGACACAUUUCUUGUCCGCGUCAUUAAUUAAAGAUUGUUUAUUUCUCAUUCAUUUCUGUAAUAAUUUUGGAGGGUAAGUUUCGAAUUUCUCUAUAGGUGGGAAAAUAACGAGGAUUUUUUCCGAAAGAAAUUUCGCUGAAAAUCGAAAUUUGUCUUACUGUAGAUGUGUGUAAUUGUGCGUCGUGGUGUAUGUGUAUUCUACCCGCGCUUUUCAAACUGUUCAAAAUUAUUUAUUUUUCACGAGUUUCUCGAGUUGGAUUCUGUACAGACAUGCUCAAAUAACCUAAAUUAAGAAACAAGAAAUAUUUUAAUGUUUCAGGGAGAAGUUCGUUCACGCAAAUCGUCAUCUUCAUCCCAAAAAUCAAGUAAAACAAAACGAGUUCGACGAGAAGAACAACUCAUUGAGUUCAAAUCAUGUAUAGAACAAGUUCUUGCUUGGCUUUUGGAAGCAGAAGACGAAUUGGCAACAUUGACAUCAAUGGAAAGAACUAAUCUUGUUUCGGUUCGAAGUCAAUUUGCUGAUUUCGAGAUUUUUAUGUCUAGUUUAACCGAUAGUCAGGAUACGGUUGGACGAGUUUUAAUGAGGUAAGCAUUUUUGGUAAAAAUUGAGGUUUCAGAAAUCUAGCCUUGAUAUUUUUCAGAGGUCAAAUGUUGAGUAAUAAAUCUGAAAAUGAAGAAGAAAAAGAGGGAAUUGGAUCAAAAUUAAAUUUAGUGAAUACACGAUGGGAAGCAUUACGAGAACAAGCAAUGCACGAACAAUCAGUUCUUCAAUCACAAAUCAAUUAUCUUCAACAAUCGGAACUUGAUAAAAUAAGUGAAUGGUUAAAUUCAACUGAACUUGAAAUAGAAUCAUUUGGUCCAUUGGCAUCAGAUCCUGAACAAGCUUGUCGACAAAUCGAAUUACAUACCAAAUUCCAGCAGAAAUUGAAUGAUUUCCAAGAGACAAUUGAUAAAUUAGAAAGUUUUGUUGCAGUUGUUGAUGAGGAAAAUGAUGUAACAGUGGCGAAUUUAGAAGAUGCAUUAGCAUCAGUUUCAUCAAAAUGGCAAAAUAUUUGUGAAUGGGCUGAAAAAAGAGCACAAAAAUUGGAUGGUUUGGCUGAUUUGAUUCAAAGAACUAAUGAUGUUUUUGAACAAUUGUCGAAAUGGUUGGAAAUUCAAGAAAAUGUGAGUCAUUUUUCAACCGAAUUUUCAAAGAAAUUUUUUUACUUUGAUUUGAUUUACAGGAACUUAUAAGUUUGAAAUCAGCACAUCAUUUAGAAAAUGAUGAACAAGUUGCACAACAAGUAUUCAAAUUACAAAAAGCAGAAGCUGAUCUCGAAUCUGAACAUGCCAGUUUUGUCAAGUUAUCUCAACUUUCAUGUGAACUUGUUGCACGGUUAGUUUAAAAUAAAACCAUUUUAUAUUUCUGAUUAAAAAUCAUGGAAAUAUUUCGGACAGUCUUUUGGCUUACAAUUAGAAAAAAAACACCGUACUUCCGGUAAAUAAUUUUUCACAACUAAUUUUACAGUUUUGAUGAUUCAAAUGGUUCGGCCGCAAAUGAUGUUCGAUUAAGUCUUGAUUCAAUUACACAAAGAUGGGAUAAUCUUGUUGCAAGAAUCGAAGAACAUGGAAAAACACUUGUAAAAUCGGGAAAAGCUGAUGUGAAACAUCUCGAAUCUUCACCAUUGAAAGAAUCAUCUGAUGGAAUCACAACUGAUACUGAAAAUGAAGAAGCGAAGAAUCAAAUAGUAGACAAAUUUUUGAUGCAUAUCAGUAAAUUGAAUCAUGAACUUGUUCCACUUCAAGAAUGGUCUGAAAACUUUUCAGUUUCUCGGAAACCAGAUCAAGUUCGAAAAAUGAUGAAUACUUGUCAAGAGAAAUUAAUCGAAAUAAAAGAACAAGAAGCAAGAGUAAAUCGAUUACAACUUGAACUUGAACAUUUACAUUCAGCUAAACUGAAUUCGAAACAAUUGAAAAGAGCAAAUGAUGCAUUUGAAAGUUUUGCAAAAGGAUGGGCAAGAAUUGUGACAAAAAUAAGUGAAGCAAUGAAUGUAUUAACUGGACAUGCACAUGAUGGAGAAGAAGCUGCUGUUGCUGCUAAAAUUGAACAAUGGAUUGAAGCUGUUGAUAAAGUUAUUACUGAACUUGGAUUAUUACCAUUAUCUGAAAGAAUAUCAAGAAUUGAGAAACUCGAACAACAAUUAAAAGUUCAAGAUAAAAAUGUGAAUUAUAUUGAGAAAGAUGUUGUCAAAAAAGCAAUUCUUAAAAAAGGAUUGGAAAUUGCAAGCAAAAGAUUGGAACUUUUGAAAAAUGAUGAUGAAAUUCAAAAGACAGAAGUACAGCAAGAAGAACAAAAACCAACAUGUUCAACAACAGUUAUAACAGAAGAUGAAUUGAAUAAAGAAUUAGAUGGAAAAUGGAGUACUGUUGGAGAUUUGGAAUCAAUUCAAAAAGAUUUGAAACGAGCUGAAGAUGCAGUGAAUACUGCUAGAAAUAAUAAUAUGAGCAAUGAAAUUGUUGAAAAAGCUGAAACAAGAAAAGCAGAAAUGGAAGAAAAACAACGAGUAACAUUGGCUGCACAACAAAGAUUUGAUAGUGCUCUAAUAACAUUGAAUGAAAUUGAAAAAUCUGUUGAUAGAUUGAAUAGUUCGGAAUUAGAAAUUGCUGAUUUGGUAACAAGUUUGGAAAGAGAAUCUGAAAAAUUGGCAUCGAAAUUAUCACAAAGAAAAGAAGCUGAAAGAACUGCUGAAAAAAUGUUGACAACUGAUGAUGAAUUGAGUCAAAAGGUAUUUUUUGAAACCAUUUUAUUUAUAUUUUUAUUGUGAAAAAAAACAUUUUGUUUUGCAGACAGUCAAUUCAACUCGUGAUUCAAUUGAACAACUUGGAAAAAGAUGGUCGAAUCUCGAAAAAACAAUUGAAGAUCGACUUGUCAAAGCAAAACGUGAUCAAGACGCAUUUAUUCAGAGUAAGAAAAAAACAUAUUUAUUAUAUUAGAAUAGUGUAGAUAUUUUGGAGAUUUUGAACAAAUUGUUGAAGGACGGAUGUCAAUAUUUGUGUUAGGCGAUUGACAAAAAAAGUGACUGACUUUGUGCCGCGGCAAUGUGUUUUUGUUAUUUUUUCUUACGUUUUUUUUUCGCGAUUAUUCAUUACUCUAGUCAUCAACUAUUUGAUUUUUGAAAAUGAAAACUUGAAAAAAAAAACACAUAGAAAUUUUGACAGCGGUUUCAAAUUUUCAUUUUUAUUACGUAGGGAAAAAAUCGCACCCAGUUUUUUCCAACCCAGGAUGAUAAAGAUCGUUACAUAAACCACUACAUAAACCCGCUUCCCCACUCACAAACAGCUCCUUCUUUCUACACUCUCACAUCACAAACACAUAAUUACAGAAGCCGCAUUUGAGUAUCAUCCACAUUAUUGUGUGUUCUUUGAAUAAACCCUUUUCUUUGAGAUUGUGUUUGAAACAUGGGAAAACAGGGAUUCGGCUGGACAAAAACCUGACCCGAUCCGCAACAAAGUAGUACUGAAUUUUUUGAUUCACCAAAAUUCCUAUAUGACCUACGAAUUCAGGCCCGGAUCAAAAAUAUUUUAGAACAAGAUUUACCGAAAAAUUUCGGCUCGUUCUGAUUUAGUCUCCCAAAUUUUUUCCAGAAAGUUUUAAAUUUCUGGAAUUCACUUUUAUUUUUGUCCGACCACCCAAAUAAUUUUGCUAUUUCAGAACGUUUGCGUGAAGGAGAAGAAGCAUUGGACGAAAUAAAAUCAGCGAUUGAGAAAAAACGAGAAUCUUUUGACGCUGAAUUAGCUGCUGAACAUCUUGAUGUAAAUAUUUUAAUUUUCAUUGAUUCACAAAAACUUUCCAUUCAAUAAUUUCAGCAUCUUGAAAUAUCACUUGACAAUAUCACAUCACUUUUCGGACAAAUUGGAUCAUUGCCAAUGGAUGCUGGUUCGCGUCAAAAACUCGAACGAUUAGAAUCUGAAAAAGAUGAAAUAUCUGGAAAAGCAAAUGAAGCAUUAGCAGCACUUUCAAGAACUGUUUCAGAAUGCGAAGAUUUUGAGAAACAAAUAAUGUCAUUUCAAAAUUGGAGUGUUAAAAUUGGUUUCAUAUUACAAGCUCGAAAAUCAUCCGAUAUAACAGCAUUUGAUAUUCCACAUGAAUAUCAUGUAAGUUUUUGGUUUGAAAAAUAUUUUCUAUUCAUAAUUUUAGUUGGGAAAAAAUGAUAUAUUUUGUCGGUUUUAGGAAGAGUUUGAAGAAGAUACAGAUUUGAUUCCAGUAAGUUAUGCAUGGUGUGAAAAAGUGCAGGGUUACUGUACUCAAAAUAAAAGGCUUGCGGUUUUGAAGUGUGAUUUAAAAUUGAAAAAUUUUAAUUUAAAAUGGAUUUUUCAGAGAUUAACAAAGGAGUUUGAUGAUUGGAUUUUGAAAUUAAGUGAAAUGGAAAGAUUGACAAGUGAAAGAGAAGAUGCACAAAGACAGAAAGAACAAAUGAAUCAUGCUAAUGUAAGUUUUUAUGUCAUAAAAACAGGUGCCAAAACAAAAAAUGUUCUGUGGAUCUUCUGUCAUUGUGAGGUUCUUUUCUGAAUCAGACAAUAACAUUUUCGCACUUCUUUCUUAAACGAUUUCGCAACUUAACUUUUGUUUUUUUUAGGAAACAAUGAUUGAUUUGAAACAUAAGUUCAAUGAAUUCAAACGACCAAAAGGAUUUGAAGAAAAAUUGGAAAAAGUUUUGAAUACAAUAUCAAGUGUUGAAAUGGGUUUGGAUGAUACAACUGGAAUCGAAGGAUCUGAAUGUGGUGCUGCUUUGAUGGAAGUUCGAUCAUUGAUUCGAAGUUUGGAUGGAGUUCAAGAAAAUGUUCAAGAUUUGAUUAUAAAUCGAGAACAAUUGAUAAAAGAUAAAAUAUUGGAUGAAGAAACAAGUAAGGAAACAUUGAGCAAAAUUGAAUUGGCAAAAUCGAAAUCGAAAGAAUUAUAUGAAAGAGGAUCGACUUGUGUUGAAAGAUUAGAAGAUUGUGUUGAAAUUUAUGAAAGAUUGAUAAAAGAAACGAAUAUUAUAGAAAAGUUUUUGGAUGAUGUUGAAAUGAGAUUAGAUAAAUAUGCAUCAGCUGAAGAACCAGAAGAUGAACAAAUUGUUAAUGAAUUAAUAUCAGAAUGGAAUAGAAAUGAAGCUGAAAUGAAUAAUGCGGCACAUUUAGAAAGACAACUCAAGUUAGUUUUUUAUUUUCUUUUUCUGAAAAAGUUUUGUGUGAACACAUGUGCAAAUAAACAAAAACGAUAUAAUUUAUUAUAUUUUUUAGUGAACGUGCAAUCAAAAUCAAUGAAGAUGUUCUUUCAUUAAAACGUAUUCGAGCAGAUGCAUUGAAAAAUCGACUAAAUUCUUGGUGUCGAACAAUUCAAGAAAUGGGAGAAGAUGAAGAAAGUGCUCUACUUGAAAUUGAUGAAUUACAUCAAACACUUCAAAAAGGUUUGAAUGAAGUUGCUGAUAAAGAACCUGAACAAAUUGCUGAAAAACUUCGAUUUUUGCGAGCUGAUCGAGAUCGAUUAUCAUCAAGAACAAGAAAAUUGACAGCUAAAAAUCCAGGAUUGGCAGCAACAUCUUCUGAUGUUUUAUCAAAUUUGAAUCAAAAAUGGAGUGAACUUGAGAAGAAAUCAGCAAAUAGACCAAUUGAUAUUCCACCAGUUUUGAAAGAAACUGAAUUAACUGAAAAUGCACCAUUUGAUAAAAAAGUUGGUGAAUUGGUUGAACAUUUUCAAAAUAUUGGAUCAUAUUUGGAUUUCGAGUCGAGUCCAAUUUCAACUGUUUUGGCAUAUAAAAAACGAGUUGAUGAUUUGGAUGAAUAUUUAGAUGAAUAUAGACCGCCUUUAGAUGAUGUUAUUGAAGAAGGAAGAGAAAUUGCAAAAAAUGGAAAUCUUGAAUUACAUACACAUGCUGCUAUUGAAAAAUUGGAUGUUUUAGCAAAUCAAAUUGAAGAAGUUGAAAAUGAUUUGGAUUUUCAUCGAGAUAAAGUUGCACCAUUGGUUGAACAACAUGAUCAAUUAUCAAAGGUUCGUUUUUUUAAUAGGAGUACUGUAGUUUUUGUUUAAAGUUUUGUAGAACUGCAAAAGUUAUUACCAGUUUUUAAAAAUCGUGUUUCGUUAAAUUUCUUUUUAAAAAUUGUCCCUCAUUUUGGAAAUUUUUUUUAGUUUCGGAUUUUCUCAGAAAAACUGAAUUCGCACAAGAAAAUUUAUCCGAAUUCGUAUUCUAUCGAUGUUUUUAUCCCAAAUUGAUUUCUCAUAUUUUUUGUCUUUGAGAAUAUUUUGAAAUCUUAAAUUUUUUCAGGAUAUUGAAUCAUUGAUGCUUAUUUUGGAAGUGUUUUCUGAAAGAAAUCUCGAAGAUUAUGAUAUAAUUCAAUCAACUCGAAAAGAAUUAGCUGAAAGAGAUCCACAUAUUGCAUCAUUAACAUCUCGUGCAACAGCAAUUCAUUGUUGUUUACCAGGAAAAGGACCACAAUUACAUGAUAAAACACUUGAUAAAUUACGAGAUCGAAUUGAAAAAUUGGAAGAGAGAUUGAAUAAAACGGUUGAGAAAAAAGAGGAAACGAAAAUUGCGGAAAAACCAAAUUCAUCGCCUGAUCGAACAAGUAAAAGUAGUAUUCAAUUAGCAAUGGAAGCAUAUGGAACAGCAACCGAAGAUGAUAGUGUUAUUAGUGAAAAUGUGAAUGCAAAUGAAAUUGAAGUUAGUAAAAUUAUAACACCGGAAGAAUCAAUGAAAAAAUCAGAAGUCGAAGUUUCGGAAUCACUUACAUUAUCUGGAAAAGAAGAAUCAUUAAAAGUUGAAAGAUUAGUUCGAGAAGUUCCUGUUGAUGUUUAUGAAGAAACUGCAAAUAUUUCAAGUGGAGAUGAAUUAUUAACUGAAGUUCGAACUGAUCAAGAAGAACAACAAGUUGUAACAUUAUUUGAAUUACUUGAUGAAAUUGAAGAUUCACUUACUAUUUUCGAAGAAUUUCCAUUUGAUUAUAUUGAAACAGCUGAUAAUGAAAUUAAAGGAACAUUGGAAAAAUUGGAAAAAUGUGAAGAUAUUUUGAAGAAAAAUGAGAUGACUAUAAAUAUAAUGCAAAGUGAAAGCGCUAGAGAAAGAAUUCAGGUUGGUUUUUAAAUUUGGAAAAAAAAUCGAUAAACGAAAAUAAUGUUAAUUAUCUACAGAUGCUCCGACAGAUGACACAGAGAAGAAUUGAAAAAAUGCCGAAAAUAUGUGAAGAGUGGGAAGAGUUGCAGAAGGUUUGUCGAACACAUUUUGUUUUUCCUUUUGAUACAUAUAUUUUGAAAAUAAUACGAAUUCAUUUAUUAUUUUUGCAGACCUUUUCAACUGCUGAUCAACUUGUUGAUGAUUCUGAAAAAUACGAAACUGAUCAACUGUGUAUUAUGGAUCGAUCAAAUGCAGCUAAUAUUCUUGGUGAAUUGCGCCAAAAAGUGUCAAGUGCUGAAACUCCUGUUAUUGAUUUAGUCAAAAAGUUAUCACAAGUUGUUCCGAGAAUGCAAGAUGAUUCACCAAAAUCUCAAGAUAUUCGAAAAAGAGUUUAUGAUAUUGAAGAUCGAUUCAGAAAAGUGUCACAAAAAGAAACUGAUGCUGUCAAUAAAGCAUUGUCAAAUUCAUUAACUGAACCAGAAUUGAGAAAACAAUUAGAAGAAGUAAUUGAAUGGAGUGAAUUGGCAUCAAAAGAAGCAUCACAAAAUGUGAAUUCAUUGGAUCAAGAUGGAUUACAAACACUUCUUGAUCGAUUAGAAUUAUUUUCCAAACAAUUACAAGAAAAGAAAACUGAUAUGGUGCAAUUUGAAAUGGCGAAAAAUUUGAUUGUUCCGAAACUUCAAGGUGAAAAACAUCAUGAAAUUCGUCGAUUAUUCUCUGAUGCUGCAAAAAGAAUUGCAAAAAUUCGAGAUGAAUUGAAAGAAGCAAAACAAUGGGUUGAAACAUCAAAAGAAUCGAGUGAAAUAUUCUGGAAUGAUUUGAAUACUCUCGAAAUUGCAUCUCGAGAUAUAAAUCGACGAACAAAUUCAAUUCGAUCAGCUGUUAUUUAUACACCUUCACGUGAAAAUAUUGAAUCAUGUAUGAAAGAUAUCGAACAACUUCGAAUUAAUGUAAAUGAUAUCAAAAAAAGAGUACAAACAUCAAAUCUUCCGCCGGCAAUCAAAUUGGCUGGAAAAAACGCGAAACGGGUUGUUCAAGUUUUAACCGAAGCGGCUGCAACAAUUGCAAAUAGUCACGAUCUACCAAAUUAUUUACAAGAUGAAACAAGUGAAGAUACAACUGAAUCAAGGAGUACUGUAGUUGAAAUGACACCUGUUGGAACUCCUGUUAUGGCUAAAGAUAUUAAAAGAACUUCGUUGUCUGGAAAAUCUGGAUCAGAAGAGGAAGAAGAAAAUGAGGAUAUUGAUGAAGAUGAUGAAGAUGGAGAUACUGUGAAUGGAGAUGAUGAACAAUCGGAAGAAGAUCGGGUAAUUCAUUGAUUUUAUAAGGGAAUUGAGUACUAGCCACAAAUUUUCAAAAUAAUAGGAAGGAAUUUUUCUCGGAAUCCCUGGCACUUUAUUUCAAACAUUUAUAGGGCCAGAAUUUAUCCGUGAGCCAAAAUUAGCCAGCCUGGUUUAAAAAAUUCAGUUCAGUGGAAUACUUUUAAUUGUCUGAAUUUUCAGAAAUUGAUGGAACUCUGUAGCCAAUAUUUUUGAUUUUCCUAUUUUGAGAACUUGCUACAUGAUUUUUCUACAAAUUUUUUUUAUUCACAAAAAAUACAAUUAACUAAAAAAUGUUUCUUUUUUUUGCAGAAAGUAUAUUCUCGUGAAUCAUCUUCAAAUAUUCCACGUCAAACAACAAUACAUACAACCACAACACCAACAAAUGGAACAGAUUCGAUUGCAAUUCAAUUAACACAUACUCGUCAUUGGUUACAUGAUGUUGAAAGAGAUGCUUCGUUGACUGUUGAUCUUUCAGUUUGGGAACCAGCAAGAGAUUUAUGGCAAACAAUUCAAGGAAUUAUUGAUGAAAUUCGACUUCGAAGUGUUCAAGUAACUGGAGCACAUGAUAGUAGUCCAAAUAGACAAGUUAGACAACAAGCUGCACAAUUAUUAACUGAAAUGCAUCGAACUGUUGAUUCUUGUGAAAGAAGAUGCCAAAUAUUAAAUAAAAUGUCAGAUUUGAUUCGACAAAAUCAAACAGCUCGAAAUGAAAUGGAACAAUGGUUGAAUGAUGCAAAUGAAACAAUUGGAGAAAAAAGAGUGGAAGAAUGUACGGAAGAAAUUGUGAGACAAGAAUUGGCACUUCUUGAAAGAGUUGUUUUACAAUUUGAUGAAAGAAAACAAAAAAUGCAAGAAAUCAAUUCGCAAGCAAAUCAUAUUGUUGAUACUUAUACAAAAGAUGAAGCACAUAAUUUGAGCCAUCUUUUGAGUCGAAUUAAUAUGUCUUGGACAAAAUUCAAUGAUAAGUUAGUUCAUUUUUUAUUUAUUUUCUAAUUAAUUUUUAUUUUAAAAUGUUAUUUUUAGUAUUCGAAUUCGUCGAGCUGUUCUUGAAGCAUCUUUGAGAUCUCGUCGUGAUUUCCAUUCAGCGCUUGAAGAAUUUGAAAUUUGGCUAAGUCAUCAAGAAGAUAAUUGCUCAAAAUUGGCCAAAGAUUCUUUGAAUACACAAGCAAUUAAAGAUACAACAAAACGAAAACAAUGGACACAAAGUUAUAAAACAUUGAAUGCUGAAUUAUGUGCACAUGAAGGAGUUAUGAAAAGUGUUGAAAGUAUGGGAAAAAUGUUGGUUGAAGGAUUAGAAGGAAGUGUAGAAAAAGCAAAUCUACAAAAAAGAAUAAUUGAAACAGUUCAAAGAUGGUCACAUGUUCGAAAAACAACAAAUGAAAUUGGUGAAAGAUUGGAAAAAGCUGAACAAGAAUGGGAAAAAUUAAGCGAUGGAUUGGCUGAUUUAUUAUGUUGGAUCGAAACAAAAAGGAAAAAAAUGAAUGAAGAACAACCUGUCGGAGGAAGUUUGACAACAGUUAUGCAACAAUCUUCUUUUAUUAAAAAUCUUCAACGAGAAAUUGAACAAAAAACAACAUUAUACAAGAAUACUGUAGCUGAAUCACAUUCUUUUCUUAUGCAACAUGAUUUAAGACCAAAAUUGCAUUCGCCACAAGUUUUGGAUGAAUAUGAAGAUGAGGGUUUGUGUUUUUCUUGAAUCCGAAUAUAAUUAAUCAUUAAAAAUAUAAAUAUGCAAUACCACAUGUUUUUGUUCGCUCUCUGAUGUUAUUAUUUUUAUGUAGUUUUUUUGAAAAAUCUAGCUAUGGGUAAUAAUUUUCAUUAAAGGUUCCCCAUUUCUAAUAAUGUUUAGAUACUCUAAUUACAAAAGUCAAAAAUUUAAAUUAUAAUAGUUUUUUGUUGCAGAACUUGCUGAUCUUGAGCAACGUCGUCGAGGAUUAGAAAUCAAUGCAAAUUGUGAAAAACUCAAGAAAAAUUGGUCUGAACUAGGAAUCGAAGUUGAAAGCUGGGAUAAAUUGGUGCAACAUGCAAUGUUGAGAUUGCAAGAAUUGGAAAGAAAUUUGGCUGAAUGUCAAUUGCAUUUGACAUCUUCUGAAAAUGAAAUUGAAUCAAUGAAAGCUGUUGAAAAAAUACAUUUGGAAGAUUUGAAAGUGAGUUUUUCUCAAUCUCUGUUUGAUUGAAACUCUCAUUGUGUCAACCAUUUUCUAAUAAUUUGAAAUUUGUAGAUUGCUCGAGAAGAAACUGAUCAAAUAUCUCGUCGAAUCGAUGAAGUUCGCCUAUUUGUUGAUGAUGUGAAUGAUGCAGCUGCUCGACUUUUAGCCGAAGAUUUGAAAUUAGAUGAACAUGCUCGCGGACAAAUUGAACAUGUCAAUAAAAGAUAUUCAACAUUGAAACGAGCAAUUCGUGUAAGACAAGCAGCAGUUCGAAAUGCGGCUUCUGAUUUUGGACCAACAUCCGAACAUUUUUUGAAUCAAAGUGUUGCAUUACCUUGGCAAAGAGCUAUUAGUAAAUCGAAUUUAUUGCCAUAUUAUAUUGAGUGAGUUGUUUUAAUUGGAAUUUUUAUUUUUCGAAAUUUUUUUGUAUCAGAAUUUCGGGAUUUUUUAUUACAAAGAACAUUGGAGCACAAUUUUUAGCGAAAUAGUUUUCCGAUUUCCAAAUAUCUAAAAAUUUCAUAAUCCAUAUUUUUGUUUAGACAAACUUCUGAAAAAACACAAUGGGAACAUCCAGUUUGGGUGGAAAUAAUGAAAGAAUUAUCUCAAUUCAAUCGUGUCAAAUUUCUUGCCUAUCGAACUGCAAUGAAAUUACGAGCUCUUCAAAAACGUCUUUGUCUUGAUCUCGUUGAUUUGCCACUUCUCGAAAAAGCAUUUGUUCGAUUAAAAGGUUUAUCUUUGGAAGAAUGUCCAGGACUCGAAGGAAUGGUUUGUGCACUUCUUCCAAUGUUCGAAGCAUUAAAUGCAAAAUAUCCACAACAAGUUCAAAGUGUCAGUUUAGCUGUUGAUAUUUGUAUCAAUUUCUUGUUGAAUUUAUUCGAUCAAUCAAGAGAUGGAAUUAUGCGAGUUUUAUCAUUUAAAAUUGCACUCAUUGUUUUCUCAAAUAUAUCACUCGAAGAAAAGUAUAAAUGUAAGUGUUUUGAAUCUAGAGAACUAAACAUUUUUCAAUUAUUUGUUUUAUAGAUUUAUUCAAAUUAGUUUCACAAGAUGGACAAGCUACACAAAAACAAGUUGCUUUAUUACUUUAUGAUUUAAUACACGUAAGAUAAUUACUGUAUAUAUUUUUGGGUUCAUUUAUUGUUUUUGUUCAGAUUCCAAGACUUGUUGGUGAAUCAGCAGCAUUUGGUGGUUCAAAUGUUGAGCCAUCAGUUCGUUCUUGUUUUGAAACAGUUCGACUUGCUCCAACAAUUUCCGAAUCUUCAUUUAUUGAUUGGGUCAAAAAAGAGCCGCAAUCAAUUGUUUGGCUUGCAGUUAUGCAUCGACUUGUUGCAUCAGAAAAUACAAAACACGCAUCAAAAUGCAAUGUUUGUAAAAUGUUCCCAAUUGUUGGACUUCGUUAUCGAUGUUUGUCGUGUUUCAAUUUGGAUUUAUGCCAAAACUGUUUCUUCAGUCAAAGAACAGCCAAAAAACAUAAACUGAAACAUCCAAUGCAAGAAUAUUCGGGAAAAACAAGUUCGAGUGAUGAUGCGAGAGAUUUUGCGAAAAUGUUGAAAAAUAAAUUGAGAUCAAGUCGAAGACAAUUGGCAUAUCUUCCAAUUGAUGUGAGUGUCUAAUUUUUGAAAAAAAAUCGGGUUACUGUAAUUUUUCUAUGAAUAUAGAUUUAUUUUAAAUGGAAAAUUUUCGAAUGCUGUUAGGCAAAUCCUGGGGACAUAAUGGGUUUUGAUUCAUAAAACAAAUUGGUUUUUCGUUUUCAAUAAAGUCUUUCAAUUGAAUUUUCGAUUUUUCCAGGUUGCUGACGAAGGAAUUCCUCUAACUUGUCCACCAGCAAAAGUAACAAAUAAUGCAACCGAAUCAUUAAAUGCAGAUACAGCACAAAUGGCUUCACAUCUUUUGAAACUUGCCCAACAACACGGUGGAAAUGCAGCUGGAUCAAGUGAUCAUCAUAUUGAACCAGUUCAAUCUCCUCUUCAAAUUAUCAAUCAGGUAUGAAUUUAUUUCAUUUUUUUAUUUUUGUAAUCUAUCUUUCUCUAUCUCUCUUUUUCUAAUUCUUUUUUUUUGUUCACACGCGAUUUUCUUUUCUCUUUUUUUUCUCGCGCAUUCCUCUCAGAUACUGUCUGUUUUUUUCUGUUAACCAUUGAAAUGUGUAGUAUUUUUCGAUUGAUAUCUUCAAAAAAUGUCAAAGAUCAUCAUACUGAUGAAUAUAUUCGAUGUCAUUUGUGUGAAUGUCAAUGUCAUUUGGUUAGUUAGUUGGUUAUUCAAAAUCAGAUAAAUAAAUAAAUCAGAAUUUCUAAAGUUCUAAAUUUUAAAUGUUGAAAAAUAUAUUUUAUUUUCAGGUUGAACAAAUGCAACGUGAUGAAAUGGAUCAAUUAUUACAUCGAUUACAAGUUGAAAAUCAACAACUUCGAAAAGAACUCGAAUUGAAAAGAUCAGCAACGAGCACAUUAGAAAUUGAUAGGUAUUUCAUUUUUGAAAAAAAAACAAAUUUUCAAAAUAUAAACAAAUUCAGAGCUUCAAAACGAGUGAACGAUCGAAGAAGUGAAACUCGAGGAGGAACUCUUCCACUUCGAAACGGAAGAAGUGUCGUGUCAUUGAAAAGCACGCAAAGUCAAAAUGAUGUGAGUUUAAAUUUUUUAACGAAAUUUUUCGUGUCAGGAAUUUUUCCACAUGAAAAUUAAAUCCACGGAUUAAAAAGAAUUCAUGUUUGAAAUUUUUGGAAUAUAAAAAAAAAUUGACAUAAUUUUUCCAGGUUAUGGAUGAAGCAAAAGCUCUUCGAUUACACAAACAACGACUCGAACAUAGAUCAAGAAUAUUAGAACAACAAAAUGAACAAUUGGAAAUGCAACUACAAAGAUUGAAAAAAGUCAUCGAUUCGGUAAGUAAUUUUUCCCUCUCAAUUUUUCACUGAUUUCAACAAUUUUUUUAAAGCAAAAACAAGUUGGAACAAGUUCAAAUGAUAAUAAUCAAUGGAGAUUAGAAAGAGGUAGAUCUGGAAGUAUUGGAAUAGGAAUUAUGGAAACAAAUAAUAGUCCAAUUGAUGAUGAUGAUAGAGAUACUGAAAGAAUCGGAAGUUCGAGUGUUGGACAAAUGCAACAUUUAAUGAAUGCUUGUGAUGAUUUAGGAAAAGCAAUGGAAACACUUGUUGUUUCGGUUGUUUAUGAUUCUGACGAAAACGAGGAUUAA